AUCGACAGUCGCUGGUUGACGGGCUGCCGGGUCGGUUGAGAGUGUUUUCUUUUGCGCUGAUCGUGUGCUGUUGUGGUGUUUUGCGUUUGCUUUCCGCGUUGCUGUUGUUGCGUUGCGUAUCGCGUGCGUGCGUUUCGCGUUACGUUCGCCAGUGUUGUUGGCGGCGCGCGCCAAAAAGGCUCACGUGCGUAUGCGCAUACCGGAGAUUGCGGAGAAUGUUUGGAAAAUGUCAUCCGUUGAGUGGGCUUGGUGAAAUUGCUUGUUGGCAUUUAAUUUUGUGAUUGUGAUUAUAGUUAUGGUCUGCGUGUUGGAGUGAUUUUUAUCGUUGAUUCAUUGUUAAGCGCGCCAACCAGCGCCGCCGCUCGAUCGAUGGGUUCGCCUUGUUGUUGACCUCGAGCUGACGGGCUGGCCGAGCAGCUAGUCCUGGUCCAGUUUGUGCGUGUGUGUGUGUCUCUUUAUGUUGUGUGAUUUUUUUAAAAGUGAUAGUGUAAAGAAGAGGUAGAAAAUUGGUAGCAUUUGCGCUUCGCGCUUUUGCUUUCGAGCUGCCAAAACCGGGAGCGCAGUAAUUAGUGCAAACUAUUUUAUGCGCGCGCUCUUGUGAUUCUUAUCUUGAUUGUCCAAUGCUUUUGCUCGUCCAAGUUGUGCCUUGACCGUCCUUUUUCGGCACACUCAAACAGUUUCGCGCAACGUUAGUUUGGUCGUUGGUUUUAUUUCUUUCGGUGACAAACUUAAAAGAAGUUGAAGGGGAAAAAACCCAGUCCAACCAUCAGUUUAUGGUAGCCACUUCGUGCGAAGAUAAUACACCCGAGAUAAAGCUCUUUGCUAAGAAAAAAACAGAAAAGAAAGAAAAACCAGCAAAUCCACUUGCCCCGACGAGAGUGCAUAGGACGCACUUUUAUGUGUUCGCCUGCAACCGAGCUGCUGCUUUGCAUCCUGCGAAUUUGCUGGCUUUAGCUGGGCUCUGCAGCUUCCCCCGCCCAGACGAGCAUCCACAUCGCAACCUGCAAGCCCACAAAACAGAAAGGACAACAGAAUCGACACAACAGCGCACCGGACACAGGACGCUUGCGGUGGAGCACCAUCACGGCCACGGAUUCUCUCAAAAACUGUUAUUCUCAAUGAAAUGGAUCGCAAGAAUGUCUCUAAACUGUCAACAACUGGAAGCACCAGACGCAAAUCGUCCUUCAAAGCAACUACCACUACCGAUUAUAAAGACCCAUCGCAACCGGAUCGAGCAGGGGGCGGGCGGGCAGACCGUACCAGCAGCAUACCCGUUCAGCAGGGCGUCCCACACUACGCGGCCAGCUUUGCCUCGGUGCAUCGUCCCCGGCAGAUAAGCAACGUAGCGGCGAUCAAACGGACGGCCGGUGCAGCCCAGGUCGGUACGGACGCUUCGUCGACGGUGGUUGUCUUUGGUUGUCUGCAGUCGGGUGCAGACAGUCAGCAGCCGGGCCAGGCCGCUUACCCACACCCGAAGCGACACGCCAAGUAUGGCCCGAGCAAGGCCGUGCCGAUGCCACAGCGACCGGAAGCGCCCGGCUCGAGCGGUCCGGUAGGCCGAUCGAAUGCGAAAGUAGCUCUGCCGUACUCGGACCCCGCUAUCGGGUGCUCGGUGUCAUCCGGGCGUAAUCCGCCCGCACCAACGACGGGCUCCUGUGUCAGCGGCGGUGAAAACAAUGGCAGAAUAUUUAAUCAACCGACGCUCCCGCUGCCGGUGCAGAUUCCGAAUCCGUACGCUUAUACGUCGUCACCUGCGGUGGCAUCGGUUGCCGGGGCAAAUUAUGGAGCGCAGCAGAUGCACCAGCACCGGCCGGUAUCACAAAAGACUGAUUAUCUACAGCCGCCGUCGUCGUCGUCGUCGUCGGGUGGCAUUAGACAGGGCGUAAAUCAAAAGUCCUCAAGCUCGGCGGGCAUGGCGUCAGCAGGAACAGGAGAUGGCUGUCGACGCGUCGGCGCCCAGUCAUCAGUCGGAACUCGAGCCUUCACAACCACGGUGCAAGUACCGGCUGCUCCUGCCGGAAAGCUAACACCGAAGCAGCUGAAUGACAUCUACGAAAAACACUUGUUGAGCCAGACUACCUUUGAGGUGGCAGGCACGAACCAAGGGCUGCCGUCCGUCACAAUGCUAACAAGCUCGUCCGCGAAGGGAACCACCAGCAGCAGCAACACAACGCCCAUCAAACACAACUCCACCCCGGAAGGGAGUCGAACGCUAACGAAGAGUGACACUCGGUUGCGUGCCACAUCGAAAGCCUUCCUGGGAAAGGAAGGCUCACCGGCCCAACCGUACGAUACGAACGCCCAGCGCAGCGCCGAACAGGAGGAGCAUAAUUUGUACGAGUCCGUACGUAGCAAUUAUCAUAUCUACGAAAAGAUUGACUCGCGAAGAUCUUCCCUGAGCGGGACGACUCCACCGGUAACGUCCGCCGCAUCGUCGGUAGCGUCCUCGUUGGAGCAGUACGUACGCCCGGUCGCUCCACAGCUCGGACCACCGCCGCUUCAUCCACGGCCAAAGUCGCAUCCCUCGGGCGGGAUCGAACCAACCGAUGGCAGUUCAUCCACGGCAGCCGCGUCCGCAGUCCAUCAGGUUAAUCUGCAGCAGCUGCAAAAAUCGAUACAGUUUAAGCUGGCGUCGAAUGGUACGGCCGGGUGGCCGGGUGUACUUUCGCCCAUCCAGGAACGUCCUCCAUUGCCGGCUGGUAGUCGGCUGCAGGCACCGACACGGAGCGCAUCGUCAAGGACUGAGCGCGUCAAUAUAGCACUGGAAACAGCCAAAGCAAUCGCAACGGCAGCGUACAUCGAAAGAGCUGCACAACGAUUGGCUUCCGGCGGUAGCGAAAUUGCACCGGCCACAGCGAACAACGGCACCACGGAAAUGAGUGCGCACGGUGGUUUCUGUGGAGCGAUCCAGCGGGCACCGCCCCCGGUACCGGCCGGGUUGGCCCGCCGGAUGGCAAACCGGGAAAAUAUCGGCCUCGGCAAGGUCAAAGUCAUGCUCCGAGUGUCCGAUGACCCACCGAGGCAGCAAGCCGGCGAACAGCAGGACCAGUCGUCGGCGCCAGCCGCCACCACAUCGAGCAACACUCCGCCCACCUACCUGACCGUGGACAAGAAGAAGCGUCAGGUGACGCUGACCGAGACGCACAGCAGCGCAACGAUGGCCCCGUCCGAGCGCGGCCCGAUGGUGUCCGCACCGAAAAUGUUUGCAUUCGAUGCAUUAUUUACGACCGAGGAUUCGCAGCAAGAUAUUUGCGGAACGGCCCUUUCCGAGGUGAUACCAGCCGUGCUGGAAGGAUCGGAUGGAUGUCUUCUGUCUCUCGGCUACCCAGGAGCAGGUCAAUCACGCACCAUGUUCGGCACGGUGACGUCUCCCCCGGGAGAUCUCGGCGCGAUACCGUGCGCCAUCUCGUGGCUGUACAAGGGCAUUAAUGAGAAACGUCAAAAAUCGGGCGCCCGCUUUUCCGUGCGCGUCAGUGCGCUCGGCGUGAACGCGACCAAGCCGGGCUCAUCCUCGAGGGAUCUGCUAGCCGGACAUGCGACAGAAUCGGAUGACUCGCCCGGGAUGUACCUACGGGGAGACUUUCUCGGCCGGCCAACGGAGCUUCGGGCGCCCACAGCGGAACGGGCUGCACUCUUUCUCGAUCUGGCGCUAUCGGGACGAUCGCAGUGCAACUUCGAGCCGGCCUUAAUCUACACCCUGCACGUCUAUCAGUACAGCUUGUCGGGCAAGCGUGGAGUGGAAGGAGGAAGAAGUCGUCUGCAUCUAAUCGAUCUCGGUGGCUGUGCGAAUCGAAACGGAGGUCUUCCACUGUCGGGCAUUGGAAAUGUGCUGCUGGCAAUACUGAGCGGACAGAAGCAUCCACCUAACCGGGAUCAUCCACUGACGCCACUGCUGCGGGACUGCCUUGCACCGAUCACCUGUCACGUAGCGGUAGUGGCGCAUGUAGCUCACACACAGACCCAUACGGACACGCUCACGACCAUCCAGCUUGCCUCACGCAUCCAUCGGAUGCGCCGAAGACUGCGGCCCCGAAACCAUCUGCUAGGCGACAAGGGACUGAACAAUGGGUCGUCCGGCCACCAGUCGGGCGGUUCGUCCGAGGGUCCGGAUCCAUCCAGCUCCGACUUUUCGCAGGACACCGUCAUCUACAUGGGCCCUUGCGAUGAUCCCACUGACGGGGAGCAUCCACCCGUCUAUCUUCCAAGUCUGAACUCGGGCGACAAUCGGUGCGCCAUGAACAAGGCGCUCAAGGGUUCGGUGGCAGAGAAAGGACCCUGCACCGCGACUCCUUCACCCAAGAAGAAAGCAUCCGCGGCAAGUGCUUCCAAAGCUCAACCCACAAACGCUCCCGGUACGAGUAGUGCCACCACUGUUCCUGGCCGCACCGAUAGUCUUAAGCGCAACCAGCAUCCAGCGUACGCGCACCAGCAGGGCCAGGGUCCGGAGCUGGUCUCGAGCGCCAUUCAGAUAGCGGCCCAGCACGCCUCGCCCAAAGUGAUAGCGGGAGCCUUUAAGCAUGUGUCUGGCGUCAGUAAAGGCUCCAACAUCCCUACGCCAAAGGGUUCGCCCAUGCGACGCCCAACGGCAGGGCCGGCCGUCGCGAACGUCGGCGGCCCCUCCGCAAACCGGGAAAGUCCCUCGCGACAAAUCAGCGAAGAGAAGUGGAUCGACGGUCCGCGAGUUUCCAAAUCCAAGGUGCACGAAGCGCGUCAUCUAAUGCGCGAAAUCAAUCACGUGAAGAAGUGUGAAACUUGGGUCGAUGGUCCUCGAACACACAGCGCACAAGCUCACCCGAGUCAGUCGCAACCGCUGUCAGCAAGUGCGGCGGCAGCAGCGGCCGCCACCGCUGCCAACAUUGCCGGCGGGUACGGAUUUAUGGAUACGCACAAGAAGAACAUGAUCCGACAGUGGGUCGAAAACCAGUCCAUCCAGCUCCUCCAGCAGUCCAUGUCGGCCAACAACUCACCGAUGCACACGAAGCACCACACCACUUACAGUUUGCCAAAGUUUAAGCCGAGCCGAUCGGAUGAGGAUGGUUUCUUGACGCUCGAGCUCGAUCGUGCGACCGGUGAUGAGUUGGUCAAUCCGAUCGCAAUGCGAGGCUUCACUGCGGCGACUACUGUUGCCGCGAACAGCUCGGAGAGUCACGUGCGAACGGGACUGAAGCAGGGUUACAGUUUCGACGCAGAACAGACAUACAAUGUUACCACACAGCAGCAGCAGCAGCAGCAGCAGCAUCAUCAACAUCCCCAGCAGAGUCAACCACUUUACGCAUCGGUGUCUCAUGCCGCUAAAAUGUCCACCGCGGCACCCACAGCAACGAUGACCUCGGCAAGCUCUCUGCAUGACAAUCACUCGGAACGAUCGCGCACUACAUCACAAGCUAGUGAUAGGGCGUCCCACACGCAACAGCAGCAAACGGAUGCGACCACCCAGGAGGAGGAGGAUCAGGACAGUGGACCUUCGGAAGUACCGCCGGCGUUGCCGCUCAUGGAUCCGCUUGGUUCGCGGGAAAUCUCACACGAAAGCAUCCACAUGCUCUGCUCGCGUCAUGCGUCCCGGGAUGACGCGAUGAGCGUGCAUAGCCAUAACAGUCACAACAUCGGCAUGAUGGACUGUGGACUACAGGUGACGGAGGAUGAAAUUGCCAAGACUAUGAAGGGAGAGCAUCCACUGAGCGCCUUGAGUCAUGGAGAGUUGUCAAUCGUAUCGAGCUUCAAUGUUGGUGGAGAUGUCUUUAGUGAUUGUGUUAUCGGCGAUAACAUGAGGAGCCAAUUUGACCAACUCGCACGACUACGCGAGAUCUUCACCUCCCAGCUAGCGAUGGCCGAGGUGACACCUUCCUUCCGGCUCGGCGAUACCAACAGCGUGUACAGUGAGCCUGCCUAUCGCUUCAAUGCCGGCCCGGGCAGUGUCUGCAGCGAACCGGCCUACCGUCCACCGAGUCCACGCUGCCGGGACUGUCGCCAGUCCAUGACAAUGUCUCGCACACCCAGCCAAAGCUCGUUGCCAAGCCUCACGGGGAUAGUGGCGAUCGCGGGCAUGGAACAGUACGCCUCCCUUCGCCAUCCGGACGGUGCGUCCGACCCAAACCUGCCGAAGCUGGAGAAAACAACGGACGACAUGCUGGACCCGGACGACGGACCUCACACGCACAUCCGCGAGAACCCGCUGGCCGAGCUGCUCCACUGCCAGAGCGAAGACGACGAUGGGCAGCUGAAAGGACCGUCGUCCACUCUGCUACCACCCCAGAACCUUCCCACCCUGCCGCUGCUACCUCUGUCCACACCGGAAGCGUACGAUAGUGGGCACGAUUCGACGCCCCGCACCUCGAAACAUUCGGGCAUCUCGCGGCGUGCCGAGAGUGGAUACCAUAGCGUCGGGACGGUGCGCGAUAGCGAUGAGUCGAGCUUCGGGUCGGCGGCGUCCAGGGCGCACCAGAAGUCGGCCGGUGCCGGUGGCAAGAAGCGCAACCGUGCCGACAACAAAUCGCUCUGCCACUGGCUGCGGAACCCGUUCAACUGCACAUAUCCCGACACGGAGGGUGAAAUCAGUGACUUCUAGAAGGCCGUUCGAUGUGCUUUAGCUAAUCUGUUCAUCGUGUUGUACUGCGCGUCGUCGUGACAACUUCGCCAUGGCAAGCUACAUCAGUGUUGUAUGUUUAGGUUUUUUUCUUUGGUUUAAUGCAAAAGCCUGCUACAUCGCCAGAAUAUCGCCUAUAUAUUGCUGACAAUAAGAUCGCUUGAUCCAAACGCUCACGCGGACGAACUGUAAUGGGUGGAGGCUGUAAGACGCGGAACAGAAACUAACCCUAAUUGGUGCUUCACAUUGGUAGGGUGCUUCAUCGCUGGUUGACAGUGAAAAGUAAUCAAUUCUUCUCAAAUUUAACUUCUAUUUUUAUGCUCCUACAUCUGUACCACUCUCUUGAUCUCCUUUUCUCUAUCUCUCUCUCUUAACACUUCACAGCAUUGCUGAGUAAAAAUCAUAAUCAUAAUCGUUAUGUCAUGCUUUUCUGUCGUUGUUGGAUAAUUGUACUGUUUACCCUGCUGUUAUCGAACUAUCAUUCGAACAUUGUUCAACAAAUGUUGCAGUGCCAGUGUUUCGCUGCCUCUGGGCUAAAUGCUUCCUAAUCGCUCUAAUCGCACAGAUAAAUUAUGGCACAAACCGAUUGUACAGACUAGUUUAAUGCGAUUAUUAUUGCUUGGACUUUUAAUUCAAGCCAACCUGUCCCAUUGCCCGGUUCCCGUUGUAUCGAAUAAUGUUUUAAAAUUAAAUUUCACCUCCAUUGAAAAAGGCCCGCAUCGAACUAAUGACACUACUACCACUACUCGGUUGCCAAAAAUGUGCCCACCCCAUUAAAAUGUCGCUGCCGCUGCGCGCCAAAUGCCAUACCAUGUCGCCCCGUAACUAAUUGCGUUAGCGAAAUUAAGCCCUAUCCCCCCCUCCGCAUUGCACGAUCCGUACUAAGUGGGCAAUUGAACUGAUUUGUGCGAUAAUUAUCUCCCAAUCGGGGGGGGGGGGGGGGGG